UUUCCGAAGUCUUUUACAAUAUAGAAGCGACAUUUUAGAAGACACUGCAAAAAGAAGACAGAAGAGUUCUGGAGUCUAAUACUAUUGAAUAGUGUGGCCGAGUUCAACUGUACUAGACGUUUGGAAGCUUAAUUUUUAAUACUUAUACCGUUGACCUAACCUACCUAGGCACUUUAUCACUUUAUCUAACCUAUCAAUUGAUCGGUUUUGUUGUUUAAAAGAAUCAAUUGUACCUACACUACCUAAACCUACCUUACCUAUUUGCUGCGCGGUUGGUGAGAAACAACCAAUCAUACCCGGCCAAGUCCACUGCCCACCCUGAGAAAUACUGCGCCCCUCAGCCAAACAGCCCCCGUAAUACGGGACUAGACCCUGCAGGCCAGUAGUUGGCAGUGCUUUUUAUCGAUUAAGCGACACUGCGACAGCCUCCUAGACGAUUCCAGUACCAAAAUCCGAUAUUCCCAAAGUCCAAGAAAAUCCGGUUUAGAUAACCGUAGAUAUCUGUGACGUAAGCGGCAUCGCACAAUACGACCCAUUCCUCAUUCCCAUCCAUAUCAACAUCUUGUUUCCCCACCAUGUGGUAUUAUACUUCGACAGCGCCCCGCGAAAAGCGUUAUCACAAGUACAAGAAAGUCUUGUACCUCGAACCGCCAAUCAACGGUAGCAAAACCAUUCGAAACCGAAUCACGACCAUCAUUCCUCCCCCGGAGCCUGCACCAUAUCAAUCAUACCAAUCACAUGAAUCAUAUCAAUCAUAUUCUCCACCACCACCUCCGAUGAUGCCAGAACACAGGCCUACACCACCUCCUCCCAUGGUCGUCAACCCCUUACCCCCACCUCCACCACCGGCUCCUUACAUUCCCGAACGAGAGCCUGAGCUUGACACGGAGAUCGAGGUCAUUGCUGUAGAUGUGGAGCCAGAUGAGUCUGUCAAAUCUGGCAGAUCUUCCAAGAGCUCAUCCAAGAGUUCGUCUCGAAGCUCGCGAAGCUCCAGAUCGUCGCACAGACAUCAUCGGGAACAGCGCGAGGUGUACAUUGAGCGCGAGAGAAUGGUUCCCGUCCGAGUACCCGUGCCCUACCACGUGCAUCAUGUCGAGAUCGAGCAGCCCCAGCAGGACUCCUUCCGAUACAUCGAGGCGCCCAGACGGUACGAACCACCACAGCGACGAAGUCUAGAUCAAGAGAUCGUCAUUGAAGAUCAUCGUCACCGCAAGUACAUCCGAGAUGGCUGAGCAAGCAAUCAAGCAAUCAAGAAAUCAACAACACCAACAUCAACACAAUAUGAUUCUUAUUUUACUAUAUUACUAUUACCAUACACAUUACAUUACGUUACACUACUUGGACAAGUUAUUUUUUUUCUUAUUAAUUUCAAUGGACGGGUGCCAGAAUUCGAAUACACUGUAUUAAAGAUUGUCAUGAGUAUCAUAUGGAUGUUAGGCUAUGGGGCAACGAGUACAGGAAAUUGCUAAUUUGGAACGGGGGGGCCCUGAGCAUACAGAACGCUACAUGGAGCACGGGAGUUUGGGAGUAUAAUAAUUGGAUGUUUUUUAAGUUGAAAACAUUCCCACGGACGCAAUGAUUGUCGUCCUCUGAUACAUUUUUCCUAAGUAAUACUAUAAUGUAUACAAGUGACUAUUUAUUUAUGAAUUUAUUUAUGAAUAUAACGAUAAUUAUAUCA